UCCUGCUUUUGUUGAAAGUGAUGGUGGUUGUGUUUUUGCCUCACACAUGUUAGCCGAGCUCCACAUGUUCUGUUCCGUGACAGCUUUUCCUGUUGUUUAAAUAUUGUUUAAUAUUUUUGUACUAACCACAGGAGUUUGAACUCUCCGUAACGUGGCAUAAAUUACUGUUUAAAAACAAAUAUAUAUUUAUGGAAUUUGCCACAAAAUUGAAUGUCUGGAGAAACUGAGUGAUGAAUGCUGUUUAUUUGGAGCUGAAUCAAAUCAGUGAAUGUUGUCAGGGGGGGUGAUUCCAUGUGACUAUCCUGUCAAGCUGGUGACAAGCUUGACAACACACCAGUAGGAGCAACUUUAAUGUGGUCAAUGCCCAGAUGCAAACAUUGUUCUACUAAAAAAAAAAAAAUCCACAUCAAAAUGUCAAAGCUGGUUUUCUUCCUUCCAGCAUACAUCACCCCCGCACCCCCCAAAAUAGUGUCCUUUCAAGGCCGGCACACAGGCUGCGCGCGCGCAGGCACAGAGCUGUAUUUGUAAACCGAAGGGCCCACGCCCAUGCAUGGGUCCCGCUUUUGCACGCAAGCGCAGUGACGCUCCUUCUGUCAAACAUGGCUGUGCUUGGGAAGGAGGAAAAAUGCUGAAUUGUGUUGGUAUAUUAUGCGAAAAGCAGCAGACAUGGCUAGAUUGGCUGACUACUUUGUUGUGGUGGGAUACGACCAGGAAAAAUCCGCAGGUUCAGGAGAAGGAUGUGGAAAGAUCAUUCAGCGGUUCCCCAAGAAAGACUGGGAGGGUACAGCCUUUCCCCAGGGUGUGGAAAUGUUCUGUCAGCCUGGAGGUUGGAGGUUGUACAGGGAGAGGAAAGCUCCCACAUUCUUCACCGUUGUGUUGACAGAUAUCGAUUCGGACCGACACUACUGCUCCUGCCUCACUUUCUAUGAGGCAGAAGUGAAUCUUCAGGGUUCAAAGAACAUAGAGGUUGAUGGAGAUGAAGAUGAGGAGGCAGAGGAGGACAGCCUAAUCCACCCAGCUCAAGUGUUUGCACCAAAAAGUCUCAUUCUCGUGUCCCGGCUGGAUUAUCCUGAAAUAUUCCGGGGAUGCUUGGGUCUGAUCUACACCGUUUACAUCGAUUCCAUGAGUUUCCCUUUAGAAGGUCUGGUUUCCAACCUCUUUACAUUCCAGGUUCCUGUUGCUGGAGGCUCUCAGAAGCUUUUCAGCCUGGGAGCUGGAGAUCGGCAGCUCAUCCAAACACCUCUCAACAACAAUUUGCCUGUUACACACAAAAGUGUCGCCAUGCUUUUCCAGCAGUUGGGAAUCCAAAAUGUUCUCAGUCUUUUCUGUGCGGUUCUGACCGAGCACAAGGUUUUGUUCCACUCCAGCAGCUACCAGAGGCUUGGAGAGGCGUGCCGCGCCCUCGAAGCACUCAUGUUUCCUCUUAAGUACAGUUACCCAUACAUUCCAAUUCUACCUUCGCGACUGCUGGAGGUGUUGAGCUCGCCCACCCCCUUCGUCAUUGGAGUGCACUCAAUAUUUCAAAAUGAAAUCCUGGAUCUGUUGGAUGUUAUUAUUGCUGACUUGGAUGGAGGAACAAUAAAGAUUCCAGAGUGUAUUCACUUGUCCCCGCUCCCAGAACCUCUGUUGCAUCAAACGCAGACCUCUCUGUCAAUGGUUCUGCACCCUGAUUUGGAAAUAGCAGACAAUGCGUUCCCUCCCCCUCGUACUGCACCUUCCAAUCUUAAAUUGUUGGACAAGGAGGUGAGGGCCGUCUUUCUCAGGCUGUUUGCACAACUCUUCCAGGGCUACAGGUCUUGCCUGCAGCUCAUCCGUAUCCACUCUGAACCUGUUAUUCACUUUCACAAGACUGCCUUCUUGGGUCAGCGAGGCCUCAUCGAAAAUGAUUUCCUGACCAAGGUUUUGGAUGGCAUGGCCUUCGCUGGCUUCGUCUCAGAGAGAGGUCCACCAUACAGAGCCUGUGAUCUGUUUGAUGGGCUGGUGGCCUUAGACUUCGACAGCUUUAGGGAAGAAGAAGUCAAUCCUUCCAAGCUGCAGAAGCACAUCAGGGAGCUCUCUGAGCAGAUGUACAAAAAUGAGAACCCAAACCCCCACAUGGCAUUCCAGAAAGUGCCUCGGCCGUCUGAAGGAUCCCACCUGCGUGUCCACCAGGUACCCUUUCCCCUACUGGAUGAGGAGAAGGUGGAGAGUAUGCUGCAGGAGGGCAUAGCGAAACUCAGCGGCACGCCUCCCUCCACGCGAACUGAGAAGAAAUGUGUUGUACCUGCCGGACCCGCUGUCGUGUCCAUUAUGGGUAAGAGUGGCUCUGUGUUCAACAGCGCCCGAAGGCUGGAGGUUGUGAGGAGCUGCAUUUCCUUUAUCUUUGAAAACAAGACCCUGGAGACUGAAAAGACGCUGCCUGCUGCUCUGCGUGCACUGAAAGGUAAAGCAGCCUGCCAUUGUCUCACCGAGGAGCUGAGUCUUCACGUUCAGCAGAACCGCGCCAUCCUGGACCACCAGCAGUUUGACUACGUCAUCCGUAUGAUGAACUGUGCGCUGCAGGACUGUUCCGGUUCGGAAGAGUACACCAUAGCUGCAGCGCUGCUGCCUCUGUCCACGGCCUUUUUCAGGAGACUUGCUGCUGGAGUGAACCAGUUUGCCUACACCUGCAUACAGGACCAUCCUGUCUGGACCAACCAGCAGUUCUGGGAAUGUACUUUCUAUAGUGAAGUCCAGAGCCAGAUCAGAUCGCUUUAUCUCAACACUCCGGAGGAAAAAGGAGGAGCCUCCCUCAGGAUCAUGGAUGAGGGCCACGUGCCUGCAGCCAGCAGGGGCGAAGAGCAGACCGCCAUGGACCUGGCAGCCGAACAGCUGCGCUUGUGGCCCAGCCUGAGCAAAGAGAAGCAACAGGAGCUGGUGAAGAACGAAGAGAGCACAGUUUUCAGCCAGGCCAUCCACUAUGCCAGCCUCAUGGUUUACCUGCUGGUUCCUCUGGACACCAGCAAAAUCAAGCUGCUGCGCAGCACACCCGCCGCUGACUGGGAGAGUGGCAGCAACAGCAUUGUGACCAACAGCAUCGCCGGGAGUGUGGCGGAGAGCUUUGAUACAGAAAGCGGGUUUGAGGACUCCGAAAACAGCGACGUGGCCAACUCUGUGGUCAGGUUUGUCGCGCGCUUCAUCGACAAGGUGUGCACAGAGAGCGGCGUCACACAAGAGCACAUCAAGAGCCUGCACAGCAUGAUACCAGGCAUUGUGGCAAUGCAGAUGGAGACUUUAGAGGCAGUUCAUAGGGAGAGCAGGAGGUUGCCUCCCAUUCAGAAGCCCAAGAUUUUGCGUCCAGCUCUGCUGCCUGGAGAGGAAUUGGUGUCGGAGGGACUGCGGGUGAUGCUGGACCCAGACGGCAGGGAAGAGGCCACUGGGGGCCUCCUCGGGGGCCCCCAUAUUCUACCAGCAGAGGGGGCCCUCUUUCUUACCACAUAUCGCAUAAUCUUCAAAGGCAUUCCUCACGACCCACUAGUGGGAGAACAGACGGUUAUCAGAGCCUUUCCUGUGUCCACUCUCACCAAAGAGAAGAAGAUCAGCAUCCAGAACCAGCUGCAGCAGCACAUGCAGGAAGGCCUGCAGCUCCGCUCUGCAUCAUUCCAGUUAAUCAAAGUGGCUUUCGAUGAAGAAGUGAGCUCAGAGAUGGUGGAGAUCUUCAGGAAACACCUCCAGAGAAUCCGCUAUCCUCAGUCCGUCUUCAGCUCCUUUGCCUUCGCAGCAGGACAAACGACCCCUCAACUGAUCCUUCCAAAGCAGAAAGAGCGAAACACUGGCCUCAAAACACUGUCCAAAACAAUAGUCAAAGGAGCUAAAAGGGCUGGAAAGAUCACGAUGGGCCUUGGUAGUCAGAGCUCACUGAAGAAGGCAGACAGAAGCAGCAGGAUGAUCUAUCACGAUGACGAUGACCUAUCAAUAUCGGAUGAUGGCGAGCCUCCACCUAGCAGCACUUUGCGAGCGUCCGAGAAGUCCACCAUGGAGCAGCUGGUAGAACAGUCUUGUUUCCGUGACUACCAGCGUCUGGGCCUGGGCACCAUCACCGCCAGCUCGUCUCGCUCCAAGUCGGGCGAGCAGUUCAGGAUCACAGCUGUAAACAGGCUGUACUCCCUUUGCCGCAGCUACCCUGCACUAUUAGUUGUUCCUCAGGCUGUGCAAGACAGCAGUUUGUAUAAAGUGGCCCGCUGCUACAGACACAACCGGCUGCCUGUAUUGUGCUGGAAGCAUCCCCGCACCAAAGCAGUCCUGCUGCGCUCCGGAGGCUUUCACGGCAAGAGUGUGGUGGGAUUGUUCAAGUCGCAGAACCCCUCCUCAACCUCCCCCGCGUCAUCCUCGGAUUCUUCUAGUAGCCUUGAGCAGGAGAAGUAUCUGCAAGCUAUCCUCAACUCCAUCCCCGUCUACUUCAAAAUGAAUGGAAAUAACACACUGACCAACCGCUCCCUCAUUGGGCUCUCACCAGGGAGUGAAAGAAGAACAUCCAGAAUGCCAAAGAUGGCUCCCGUCCAUUUAGAGAUCCCGUUCUCAAAUAGCUUUACCAGAGGAGUGCUUGAGUACACAGAUAAACUAUUCACUCACUCAAACCCAAAGCCCACCGCUAAGGAGAGAAUCCUCGAUCAAGGCAUGUGGGCCAGCCUGCGCUCCAGCAGCAGACUGAGUCAGCAUCCGUCAAUGGCACAAGUGGGCGCCAAGCUUGCAGGGAAGGAUCUGGCACCCCCUGCAGGGAGCAGCAGCCUGCAAGCGCAGCUUCUCAAGCAUCAGGCGGCUCUUUACAUCUUUGGGGAAAAGUCGCAUCUGAAGGGCCUUAGAGUGGACUCCUCUCUCAACUGUGAACUGGUGCCGGUGGAGUUUGCAGACACGAGGCAGGCGAAGGCUUCCUUUAAAAAGCUGCUGAGGGCCUGCGCUCCCAGCUCCACCCCAUCCGACUCAGAAGACUCUUUCCUUAAAGCCCUGGAGGAGUCCGAGUGGAUGCAGCAGCUUCACAAGAUCCUGCAGCUGGCGCUGUUUCUGGUGGAGCUUCUGGACAGCGGCUCAUCGGUUCUGGUCAGCCUGGAAGACGGCUGGGAUGUUACCACACAAGUGGUGUCUCUGGUGCAGCUGCUGAGCGAUCCUUUCUACCGGACUCUGGAAGGCUUCCAGGUUCUCCUGGACAAAGAAUGGUUCUCCUUCGGCCACAAAUUCUGCCAAAGGAGUAACCUGAGUCCCAACAGUCAGGGCAGUGGCUUCACGCCCAUUUUCCUGCAGUUCUUGGACUGCGUGCACCAGAUUUUGGAGCAAUAUCCCCUGGAGUUCGAGUUUAAUCAGUAUUAUCUAAAGUUCCUGGCCUACCAUCACAUCUCUAACCGCUUCAAGAACUUCCUGUUGGACUCUGAAUAUGAGCGCUUGGAACACGGGCUGCUGUUUGACGAUAAAGGUGAUAAACAGACUCGCAAAGGCAUCUGCAUCUGGGAUUGCAUCAACAGGAUGCACCGGAGGAGUCCUAUCUUCUUCAACUUUCUCUACCUGCCGUCAGACAGCGACGCCGUCCUGAAGCCGUUUGUCGCCGUCUCGAGUCUGAGGAAAUGGGACUUCUUCACUGAUGAGACCCUGUCGACGGGACCGUGCUACGACUGGAAGAUGAUGGCCGUGAGGUCUGAUGGUUCGGCGGAGGCGGACGCCAUCGCCAACAGUAAGAGGAGGAUAGUUUGGCCGUGUUACAGCAGCGUGAGCCACGCCCAGCCAGAUGCAAUCACCAAACUACUGGCUGACAUCGAGAAGCUGGAAGGCGAGCUGAACCAGACCCAGGAGAAGUGGCAGACCACUCUGGAAAGAGUCCGAAUUAGCAUACAGGAGGAUCUCAAACAAGAAGAGAAUCAGCUCCGUAAACAAUCGGCCUCCAUUUCCGGGCUGAUCCCCACCCCCAACAUCCAGCCUUUCCAUCGGCGCUCCAUGAUGCACCUGCCGGAAAGCGGACUGGCCGACGACCACACCUCCUCCACAGCCAAUGGUGUCAACCGCCGCGCCGCAACACUUUACAACCAGUUCACCCCCAAGAGCGAGGAGAACAGGUCAUACGAGGGGAUCUUGUACAAACGCGGAGCGCUGUUGAAAGGAUGGAAACCCCGCUGGUUUGUGCUGGACGUUACAAAGCAUCAGAUGAGAUACUACGACACCGGCGAGGACACAAACUGCAGGGGUCACAUCGAUCUGGCUGAAGUGGAGUCUGCAAUGAUCGCCACACCUUCAUUAGGAGCCCCCAAGCACAUCAGCGAAAAGGCUUUCUUUGAUCUAAAAACCAGCAAGAGAGUCUACAACUUCUGCGCGUCGGACGCUCAGAGCGCUCAGGUAUGGAUCGACAAGAUCCAGAGCUGCAUCUCCGACGCCUGAAAGCUGGAGUGAAAAGACACGUCACUCAGUCUGGGGCUGCAUCGGUGUGUUGGGAGCACUUCAGUAAAAAAAAAAAAAAAUGGUGGCUGAUAGUGAAGGAUCACCUCUCUUUAGCCGCCAUCGUCAGCCAGAACAUCAAACUGCUCGGCUGGGCUGCCAGCUCCCUCCGAUGAAGUGAAGAUAAGCUGAAGUUAUUAGGGGAAAAUGCACUACCAAGGAAAUGUAAUCCUACUUAGCUGUAAAUACUUUAAAGCAAUAUCACUGACCAAUUCAAAAACUGUGGCUUAACUUUUAAACAUAUAAAAAAAGAAAAAACAGCUUGAAAACCUUAUUUUCUAUCAAGUAUUUUACUACAUGGAAAAGUGAUCGCUGCUUGAUGAACAUGCAAACCGCCAGAAACUCAGUUUGAUGCACAACAUUAAAAAGCUGUUUGCACUUGGCGCUAAAGUAUGCACUCCUUAUCAGAACUAGACGGUCUAUAGAGAUGCAGACAGCCAGCGUUAAGGCCUUCCUUUAGAUGGUGACUCUUCCUCAUGACAGAUUUAAUCAAAAGAAUUUGCACAGUGACUUCAGAAAUACAUUUGUUUUCUAUUUAAACAUGUUUCCACUAUUUUUGCUGAAUGUUUAUUGACUGUUGCAUAACACAUGUGACUAGUGUGAUGUAAAUUAUUCUUUUUUUUAAAUAAAAGCUUACCUGUGCAAGUGUGGUUGAGUUUUCUGCAAAUAUCUCUGACAUUUCAUUUAUUUACUGUAUGUGAAGAAUAUACUUUUCUAACAUGGAUUCAGAUGUGAGUGAGUGUUUGUUUAUUUGUUGGUGCAAAAACCUAAGUGGCCUGUUCAGUUUUUGUAAUACUAAAAAUGUUGUGGGUUUUUUUGUUGUUGUUGCUGUUCAGACAGGCUUUGUGUCCUUUAAGGGCUUUUUAAAGUUGUGUAUCUGUUUCCUUUUUUCUGUUUAACUUUUUACAAUCUGUACAGCUUCAUUCCAAAAAAAAAAAGGAAAGAAGAAGCACAUAAAACAAUUCAAAGAUGUUUGACAAUUUUUUAAGUUCUUUUUAUGUUCAAGUAUCUUUGUACCAUCUAGUGUUCCCACUAAACUUUUGGAAAUAAAUUAAAUUUUACUUGAAAUA